AUGAAUGUUUUAAAACAAAUUGAUGAAUGUUUUAUAAAUUAUAUGAAAAUAUAUGGUGACAAAGAUAUUGAUUCCUAUUGGGAUGAUGGAAUUGUAGUUAAUAAAUAUAUAAAAUUAGGAAAUAGAGAGAAAAAAAAUGAAGUAGAAGAAAAUAAAAUAAAAAAAGAUAAUAUAAAUGAGAAUUUAAUUAAAAAUAACGAAGACUGCAAUAAGACCAAUUUAAAUAAUGAACCCAAUAAUUUCAAAAAGUUAAAUUUAAAUAAUGAAAAUUCCAAUUUGAGUGAACUAAAUACGGCUAAUGAAUCACAUAAUAUAAACAUAAAAAAGAAAAAGGAAAAUUUAUUUGUUUGUAAUGAUAUAGUAGAAAAAUGUAUAUGUUUAAAUACUAUCGAAUAUUUAGAAGAACUAAAAGAUGCUACUUUAGUUAGGUGGACUUGUAUGAUUCAGCAAAUAAUUUCACCUGAAAGUUAUUUAGGGAUUUAUAAAUUAAAAAAUAAAAAAAAUGGAGAAAUUAUUAUGAAAAGCUCGAAAUAUAAAGAUUAUAUUGAUACAGAAGAAAAUUAUGAAAUAAUUGAUGAUAAUGAUAGGAAACAUUAUGGAGAAUAUUAUGAGUUAAAUUUCGAAAAAUAUCAUAAAGAAAAAGAAGAUAUUGAAAUUGAUAAAGAAAUAAGACAGAACACUAAAGAGAAUGAAGAAAUAUAUGUAAAUAAUAAUAAUCAUAAAAAAGAAGAUUGUAUUGAUAAUAAUUAUAAUAAUAUAUAUUUUUACAGUAAUGACUAUAAUUUUAAAAAGUAUUGGAAACGAUAUUUAUUUUUCUGUACUAGUAUACCUGGAAAUAAAAGUUCAUGGUGCAAAGAAUUAUGUGAUUAUUCUUCAUAUCAUAGUAAUUAUGAGAUUUUUUUAAAAAAUAGAAAAAAUAUUGAAUACAUGAAGAACAUAAACAAUAAUGAUAAUUAUUCCAUAUGCUCCACCAAUAUUUCAAACUAUAAGAACAGUGAUAAUGUUAGUUUUGAUAGUAAUAAUGAUAAUAUAAAAAUUUUAAAAGAAUCUAAUUACAACAUUGAAUUAGAUACAUUAAAAGAAAGCAUUAAUGAUGAUUAUAAAAAUAGUAAAUCAGAUAAUAUAUAUAAUAUAGAUAAAAAUAUUAGUGUAAAUCAGAAGAAAGGAAAAAUUGGAUGUAUAAUAAAAAUAUAUGAUGAUAAUAGUCAAUAUAAUGGAGAUAAUGCUAAUAAUUUUCUAAAAUUAAAUGAUAUAAUUGAAGUUAUUGGAAUUUAUCGUAAACACCAAAUAAGGGAUUAUGAUGAUUAUAAAAAAAAUAUGAAUUUCUAUUUUUUUUAUGAUCAAAAUUUUUUAAAAUAUCCAUGUAUUCACGUGUUCCAAUAUACUAAAAUAAAUUACUUUAAUCCUUUAAAUAAUUGCAUAUUAUUUACGAAUGAAUUAUCAAAUAUUCUUGAGAAUGGGCCUUUUAAAGAUAUUAAUGAAUUAAGAAAGUAUCUUCUUAUAUAUAUAUCAAGAUCUUUUUCUAACGAUUUGUUAGUCGCUCAUUACUUUUUUUUUUAUUUAUGUGGAAACUAUAUCAAAGAAAGUAAAUUAAAAUUAGGAAAAAUUAGUUUAAAUAUUUUUAAUAUUGAUUAUAAAGAAGAAAAAUGUCCAGAACAUAAAGUAAGUAUUGGUGAAAAUGAUACAGAUAGUUUAAAUGAUGUUAAGAAUGAAUUUAUAAAAGAUAUAAGCAAUGAAAUAUUUAACAGUAAAAAAGAAUCUAGAAAAGUAUUUAAAAAUAAUGAAAAUGAAAAAAACUUAUUUCAAAAAAAUGCUGAAUGUAACUUAAAUAUACAAGAAAAUUGUCAAAAGGAAUCAAAAAAGAGUUAUCCUAAACAUGCUAGAAAAAUGAAUAAAAUGAUUAAAAAUUUAAUUCCAUUGUAUAGAUAUAUUCCUCUUAUAUUAAGGAAAUUAAGUAGCAAAUAUUUAGUGUCUGUUAUGAAUCAUAAAUUUGGUGAAUUAGAAAAGGGAAAGCUGCAAUUGGCAAAUAAUACAUAUGUCGCUUUUGAUGAGUGUUUAUUGGAAGUUGGUAAACUUAAUAAUAUUAGUUUGAAAAAUUUCCAAUGCAUAGAAAGGUUAAUUGUAUCUCAAGAAAUUCCUUUUAUUUUUAAUACAGAUAUCACUUUUGAAACUCAAAGUAAUAUACUAAUUUUGUCAAAAAAACAAUCAAUGUUUAAAAAUUAUAUUGACAUAACUAUACCGAUAUUACACUCACAAAAUAUGAAUUAUAAUGAAAAUAAAAGGGAUUUUAAUUUAAAAAAUGAGAUAGAUAAAAAGAAAAAUAAUAUUAAUAAUGAAAACAGGGAUAAAUAUAAUCAAUAUAAGGAUGAUAUAAAUGAAAAUGAAAAAGAUGUCAACCAAAUUUUUUCAAAAGAAUUUAUUAACACAAAUAAAAACUAUAAACCUAGUGAAAAUGAAUUAAUGCAAUUUAGAAGAUAUGUAAAUUAUUUAUUAUUAAAAAAUAAUCCAGCCAAAAUUCAUCCUGAUAUAACAAAUUACAUUACUGAAUCUUUUGUUUCUUUGAGACAAAAAAACAAAGAAGUAAAUCAAUUUCUUUUAAAUUCUUGGAUAUGUAUGUCUAGAAUUUUAGCUUUUUCAGAUGGAUUUGAUGAAAUAAAAAAAGAUCACUGGAAUUAUAUCAUGAAAUUAGAAAAUGAAAGAAGAUUAAGAAUGAAUCAUUUAAAUAAGUUAUAUAUUUAA